GGGGAGACGGUCCCAAGAUGGCGGCGCUGCAGGCGGAGCGCGGGUACGGGCUGUCCUGCGGCCGCCUCGGCCGCGGCACCCGCGUCUCCGUCUUCCACGUCAAGCUCACGGAGAGCGCCCUGCGCGCCUUCGAGAGCUACCAGGCCUGUAAGGAUGCUGUGACAUCAAAACCAGUAAUCCAGUUUCAAGGAAGCCAAGGGCACAUUGCAAUUCCAAGGCCUGAUCGACCUACGGAAGUGAGGACUUUCACGUUUUAUCUUUCCAAUAUUGGCAAGGACAGCCCCCAGGGGAGCUUUGACUGUAUCCAGCAGUAUGUAUCGAGCAAUGGCAAUAUCCAUCUGGAUUGCCUGGGGAGCAUACAGGAUAAAAUCACCGUGUGUGCCACGGAUGAUUCCUACCAGAAGGCGAGGCAGAGCAUGGCGCAGGCGGAGGAGGAGACGCGGAGCCGGAACGCUAUCCUCAUCAAACCUGGGGGCAGAUACCUAGGCAAAAAGGUUCAGGUGCGUAAACCUGCACCAGGAGCUUCUGAUGCUGUUCCCUCCAGGAAGCGCCCAACGCCGGUCAACCUUGCCAGUGCAAUAAAGAGAGGCAAUAGUGCCAUUUCUCAGAGACCCUUCAAGGAUAGGGUUGUGCACUUACUGGCACUAAAGCCUUAUAAGAAACCUGAACUUAUUCUCAGAUUGCAGAAGGAUGGACUUUCUCAGCAGGACAAGGAUUUGCUGGACAACCUUCUGCAACAGGUGGCAAAUUUGAGUGCCAAGGACAGCACUUUCACACUGAAGGAUUGUGUAUACAAAGAAGUGCAGAAGGACUGGCCUGGCUACUCAGAAGGAGACCAGCAGUUGCUGAAGAGGAUACUUGUUCGGAAACUCUGUCAGACCCAGAACAGCAGUUUGCAAGGAGAAGCACCUUCCCUGAGCCCACCAAAAGACAACCUGAACUCCAGCUCUCCUCCUCAGAAACGAUCUCAACCUCUGGAGUUUAUCGAUCCCCUGGCCAACAAAAAGCCCAGGAUCUCACACUUGACUCACAGAACUCAGCCCACGUUCAAUGGGAAACUGAAUUCUUCCAACGGGAAGGACAUCCCUGCUCCCAUCCCUGCCCUGCCGCCGGCGCUGCCGGAGUCGGUCAGCUCCUCUUCCAGCCUCCCGGUGGUGCUGGAGCUGCCCAGGCCUCACGAUCCCCUCUCAGAUGUCAGCAACGACCUGACUCACAACGGCAGAGACUGUGAGAACCCGGAGCCAGCUGACAGACUGACCCACCCUUUGCCAACAGACUGUCCCCAGCCGAGCAAGCACAACUGCAGCUCGUAUGUAAAAAGCAAGAAAAAAUCCAAAAAGCACAAAGACAAGGAGAAGGAGAGGAAGGAGAAGAAGAGCGAAGAGAAGUGCAAAGAGGAGAAGCAGGACUGUGAAGUAAUAAAAAAUGCUGACUUAGUUAGUGUUCCCCAGGAACAGGUCACAGGUGUAAAUGGAACAUGCAAUAAUUCUAGUGUACCAACAUCAACUUCAGAAAUGCCAGAUUAUUUAUUAAAAUAUGCAGCCAUUUCCUCCUCAGAGCAGCGCCAGAGUUACAAGAACGACUUCAACGCCGAGUACAACGAGUACAGGGACCUGCACGCCCGGAUAGAGCGGAUAACGCGGCGCUUCACGCAGCUGGACGCCAAGCUGAAGCAGCUCCUGCAGGGCUCUGAAGAAUAUAAGACCAUCCAUGAUCAAAUUUUACAGGAGUAUCGGAAAAUUAAAAAGACUAACCCCAAUUACAGCCAAGAGAAGAACCGCUGCGAAUACCUCCACAACAAACUGGCUCAUAUCAAAAAACUGAUAGCAGAGUAUGACCAACAGCAGUUUUAGCUGGCACCAACCUGGACUGGGUAGGGCAAAAAAAAAAAAAAAAAGCAAACACAACAAAAGAAAGAGUCACCUGGACAUUACGUUCCCUUUUCUACAACUUAGAUCCCUUUCAGAGAUGAGCGUUAAUUCCUCGUGGUUGAAGAACUUGGGGAUUUGCUGAAGCUGAGCUGGGUUGGAAGCCCUUGUGCCCAGCAUGGUCCUCUUGGGUUUUAGUCUCUCUGAUUGUUGGAAUGUAACAAAUUAAGAGAAAAGCGAAAACAAACAAAAAAAAAAGAGGAAAAAAAAGAAAAAGAGCAAAAAAAAAAAAAGAGGAAACAAAUAAUCUGCUUAUUUUGAAGGCAGCGUUUGACACUUAAGGGAAAACUGACCUAAAGUGAACGAAGCUCCCAAAGGUUUAAGAAUCAGUAGUUUUCAUGGAUUAAAGUUUGGCAUGAAGUGUAAUUACCCCCUGGCCCAGGCUGACUGGGUUUCCAAAUUGUCCUUCCCAAUGGUGAGGAACUGGAAUGCUGCUGGGUUACCUCCUCCUCUGGCACCUGCGACUGUUGAUGUGCAAACCUGUCUGCUCUCCAUGGCACCCCGUAAAUACACCACGUUCCCAGAGCUCUCCUUGUCUGCUCCUGCUUUUGUCAGCUCCAGUGUGUGCUCUCUCCAGGUGGUUGGGGCAGUAGGAGGGGGAUCAUGUUAAAAAAAAGAAAAAACAACCCUAAAAAAACCCAGAAUUUCCUUUUCUUUAACCUGCUUUUUGCGUUUGGAAGCAGCCACGUUGGUCAAGAAUUGCUCCAUAUUUUGCAGUGGCCUCUCCAGCACCAUUAACCAAUGCUGGGAAGAUUGAGACCUGUCUUCUGACUUUUAGAAUUUUAUACCAAGGCAGCCAAUUUUAUGAAUUGCUGAUGAGACUAAGGUCUAUUUUUGUAUUUAAACAAAAAGGCAAAAAAAAAAAAGAGUAUCUCUUUUCUAAACCUGUGCCUCCCUUUUCCUUUUAGGCCAAGAACCUUCCCUGGUGUUUCAGGUGUUUCAGAACCUUCCCUGUCUAUAAACUGCAGUAUUACUGAACCUGAUGGGUGAAUUACCCUGCAAAGUUAUUUUAUUACCUGUGCUGACCUAAAAUAGAGGAGAGGGGGGUGGAGGGGGGGGGGGGUGAUGCUUCCUUCUCCUCCUGUUUUUUUGUGUUACUUCCCAAAGAAGCAGCAAAAUCAUUCUCGGAGCGUGAGAGGAGCGAGGCAGCUUUUUCCCAUGGGGGUCAUUUCCACCCUUGUGCUUUAUCUCGCCAGCUUUUGGUGCAGCCUCUUUCUUCUGCAUUUGUUUUGUUUGGGUUUUUUUUUUUUUGGUUUUUUGGACUUGAAGGGAACUUUUUGUUGUUGUUGUCGUUGAGUAUGGCCAGGGUGUGAGAAACAGGCCAGAAAGCACAAAGGUGUCCCUUUAACUCUGCUGUUUCUUUCUCUCCCCUCUCCCCUUUUGGAUCCUGCCAGCUUGGGGGGGGGGGUUUGACUUCUUCCUGCUUCCAUUUAUCCCAAAGGAUCAUUUUCCUGUGGAGUCUCCUUCCCUUGGAGGUUGCACUGAAGAGUCUUUCACCCUUUCCAGGAGCAGAAUGGCAGGGAAACAGUUCUUCUACAACAUUUUUUUUCUUCCAACCACUCCCCCCCCCCCCUUCCAAAAAAAAUAAAAGGGUCCAUCUGCUGUAUGAAACCAAGAAAAUCAUCAUAAUUACUAAUUAAUAAUACUAAUUCCACUCUGGCUAGAUGGGCUUUGCUGCGUCGUCCAGCCAGGGCCACAGCUUUGCUUUGUCACUUGCAGUGCUCUGAGUUCCUCUCCCUGCCGCCUUCCCCGCAGACAUCCAGGACUUUGUCACCCCUUUGUCACGCUGUUGUCACCCUGUUGUCACCCUGUCCCCCAGGGCUGAAGGGCUGUGGUGGAGCUGGGGCCAUGGGGCACCCCAAAUGCCACUGGAAAUCCACAUUUUUCUGCUGGGCUGGAGCCCAAACCUGGUGAGAAGCGGAGCAGAGGGAGGAGAUGGGAUGAUGUCCCAGGAGCGUGGUGCUCCCUGGGGUGAGAAUCCUGGAGAGCCUGGCUGGGGAGGCCCCACCAGCAGCCCAGGGCUUGGGGAAUGCUUCAGUCCCAUCUCUUCUUCUUCCAGUGAAGAUGAUGGGCUGGGGAGCCGUGUCUCCUGUGGGGGUGUCACUGCCUGCCUCCCGUGCUCUGCUCCUCAGGGAAAGCUGGAGAACACACCAGAGUUUCAAGGCCAGGAGCUUUGUCCGGAAAACAUUGUCCUCCUGCUUGGUGGGGUCUUGUGGCUGGUCUGUGUCCAGGUUCCUGAAGUAGUGGCUGGUGGCCACGUCCAAGCUUGAGCCCCUGAUUCCAACAAACCUCCCACAGCUGGAGGUUGGUGCAGCAGGGAUGUGGGAGAGGGUCCUGCUGCCUGGAGGAACCAGGACACGGUGCUUUCCCAGACCUGCUGUGGGAUCUGUCACUGCAAAACCCCCUCAGUGCCACCAAGUUGCUGUUCCUGGUGGCAAGGCUGAACUUCCCAGCACUGAGCCAUGGGGCUUGGUGGGACUUCACCUCCAACCACGGUGCCUGAGGAGCCCGAAACUCAGAUGGCAGAAAAAGCAGCAGCUACAAACCCAGGAUGAGUAAAUUCUUCCAUGGAAACACUUCUCCUGAUCCUUAAUAUUUUGACUGGGCUUUUUUUUGUCGUUGUUGUUGUUGCUUUGGGGGGGGGGUGGGAGGGAGGGGAUAGAGAUGGAUCUGGAUCUUUAUACAUCUGCUAUAAGAUAUUUUUGCAAACAGAGUUGUAUACAAAGAUGUAUUGUGUACAUUUACAUGUAUAUUCUGGAACUUCUAAAAUUUGAAUAUAAAAAAAAAACCCUGAAAAUAUUUAAUUAAUGAAUAUCCAAACUGUGAGACCCAAUUAGCAUUCAACAACUUCCUGCUUCACUUUUCUUUUGGACUGUGUUAAAGAAUUGUAGUCGAAUCUGCCUUGUUUUGUUGUUUGGUUUUUUGUUUUCGUUUUGUUUCUGUUUUGUUUCGUUGUCGUUCGUUGGGUUUUUUUGUUUUGUUUUGUUUUUUUUCUUUUUAGAAAUUCUGAAGCUUAGGCAAAAUUUGUGCUUUUUGGGUUGAUAGAAACCAGUUCUAGGUGAUUAAGUAUGAUCUUAACUUAUUGAUACUGUGUUUUACUUUGUAAUAUUGUACUGUGGAUAAAACUAUAUUGAGCCAUGGAGUUUGGAGUUUACAAAAGAGCUUUUCACUUUGCCAAAAUGUUACAAUUUCAAGGCAGCAUAGUCUUCAGCUUUCCUAAUCUUUUCUUAAGAGCUAGUGUCUUUUUUUGUACACUAAAAAAAGCUGAAUGCUGAUUUUGCAACAUAUAAUAAAUUCACUGUAUUGGAAAAAACAAGCAAACAAUAA